UUAUAAUUUAGAUGAACUUUAUCUCUUUGAAAUGUAACGUUUUGUUUGUUUUUUCUAUUUAUUAAUUUCCUACCCGAUUAAUUACUUUUUAUAUAAUUAGUUAAUGAUAAUAGAAUAUCCAGUACUUCAAACCUUCUCUUAAUUCAUUUAUUAUAUUUAAAAUUUUUACAUCUUAUUUGGAGGUUGGCUGGGCUCAAGCAUUUUGGCAAAUAUUUAUAUUCUAUUAUACAUCUUGUCCUGCUUCUGAACUUCAUAUGUACUGUAUGACUUGGCUGAGCAAUGGGAAAACUUCUAUCAAAAAUCUUUGGCAACAAGGAAAUGCGUAUACUCAUGUUGGGUCUUGAUGCUGCUGGAAAGACCACAAUUCUAUAUAAAUUGAAGCUUGGUCAGUCAGUUACUACCAUACCAACAGUUGGAUUUAAUGUUGAAACUGUAACCUAUAAAAAUGUGAAAUUCAAUGUAUGGGAUGUUGGUGGGCAAGAUAAAAUUCGUCCUCUUUGGCGUCAUUACUACACAGGAACCCAAGGUUUGAUUUUUGUUGUUGAUUGUGCAGAUAGAGACAGAAUAGAUGAGGCAAAGCAAGAACUUCAUCGAAUUAUAAAUGAUCGGGAAAUGAGAGAUGCAAUAAUCCUAAUAUUUGCUAACAAACAGGAUUUACCUGAUGCAAUGAAGCCCCAUGAAAUUCAAGAGAAACUAGGGUUAACUCGUAUAAGAGACCGUAAUUGGUAUGUCCAGCCAUCUUGUGCCACAACUGGAGAUGGUUUGUAUGAAGGACUAACUUGGCUCACCUCCAAUCACAAGUUAUAAUUUAAAAAUUUAACUUUUGUGUAAAUUAUUAUAUGUAAAUUGAUAACCAAAGCUUCAAUAACAUAAUUUAAUUUUGACUGUUUUAUUUUAUUAAAUUAUGAUUUUAAUGUUACAGCUUUAAGCUGUUCUUGAUAUUAUUUAGAGAAAAGUGAGUUUCAU